AUGGAUUUAUUGCGUUUGUUUUUAAAUUUAUUUUCGGGUGUUUCGGAUUGCACCAAGUCAAUUGCUCAAAGUUCACAAGAGGCACAAGAGCCUGUGGACCUGGUCAGUGGCUACACAGCUCAAGAUUUUUCAGUCGCGAAGACUCGAAGCACGGUGCAUGGCAGUAUAAACACUUCACUGCUGCAAAGCAGCCCCACCGAUACGAAACAAACGCCUCUUCCUCUCGACUCUACCUCGUUUGCAGAGAAGAGGGAGAGAGACGCUACCUCAAUCAACCAGAGUGGGCACAAUGAGCUCACCGGGGCUUGUCUCACACAACAGACCAACUCAGUGUGGGUUCCUUUCACCCAGCCCACCACCAUGAGAAAGGGGGGACCAGGAGUU